GAUGAGGUGAACAACGAGAACCGAAGGACCACCAGAACCCGGAUGCAUUCUAAACUGGCUGUACAUCAAGAGGAGAUUACUCACAAAAGCUCUGACGAAGGCCUUGAGGCCGAUACGACCUCUCCGGCGAGGGGCAGUAAAGACCCGGACUCCCAGUCCAGCCUCCGGAGCAGGAAAGAAGGAACGAUGCAGAAGAUCGGCGACUUCCUCCAGAGGUCCCCAACGUUUUUCGGGAGCAAGGCUAAAAAGAUAAUGGGAUUGGUGAGUGGGAAAUCCCCAGAGACGGAGGAGGGCGGGGCCCCCUCCAUGAACGUCAGGCCCAAGAAGUCCAAGAGGAAGCUUUACAGACCAGAGAUCUCCUCUCCCGUGGACUUCCCCUCCCACCCGAUCAUCAGUGGAAGUCCAGACGAGAGAGAGGGGGACCAUCUCAUCAUCAAGAGAAAACUCCGGACGAGGACGGCUAAAUGAGUUCUCUGUUCCACAGCGGGGAUGUCAUCCAUGCUGCUCUUGUGGUAACAGGGAAACAAAAUCAUCGAUUUUGUUGGUGUAAUGAAGGAUAUGUUGAGUUAAAAAACAACUUAAUAUCGGUUAGGUAGUUAUCCAGUUUUUGUUUUCAUAUAGCCUUCAUUUAUCACUUUAAUUUAUAUUUUAUUUCUAUAUAUUUUAUGUUGCACAUAGUGGGAUUAUUUCUUUAAUUUGUGUGAUUUAACACUAUCAUUUAUGGACCCGGUAUGUUUUAUUCUCAGUCCAGAACAUUUUGGUAAUGUACUCCUCUGAAGAUGUACACGUCAACGAUAUUCAUGUCAAAAUAAACACCAGAUGGUUUUUGUUGUUGUGCAUAAUGAAUGUCUUACUGAGGACAACCACUACGGAUUCCUAUUUUGUUGGUGAACAUGUUGAUUAAUGCCAUGGUGUAACACAGAGCCCCUGUUUCCAUCUGCGUCCUGUCUGGGCUCAGACAGAACAUCAUUACCAACUGCUUUUUAGGUUUCACGCUGUAAACAUUUUAAUUACUCAAUUUAAUCUAAAUACACUAAAUGUUUAUCCCAGAAUCUACCAUUUUUGAUUUAACCGAACCCGUUGAC